AAAAAUCUGCAAAAAUACGGAAGUUUUAUAAAACCAAAAAGUAGAGUUUCGACAGUCAUCAAUGUCGAUAAUUCAUUUUCGGUGUUGGCCAAAUUUAUUGAAAAUCCUCAUAUUUCUUUGAGAACUGUAGCAGAUGAAUUAAACAUGACAUAUUCUUCGGUUCAAAGAAUUGCCAAACAAAAUAAACACCAUGCAUACCUGGCUAAUCCUGUUCAGCAGCUCUUAGCAAGUGAUUAUGAAAGGCGGCUCAAUUUUAUUGCACAUUGCAUGGUAAAAUUAGAAGAGGAUCCUCAAUUUUUAACAAAUAUCCUUUGGACUGAUGAGGCGAAAUUUCACAAUAAUGGACAAGUAAAUCACCAUAACAAUCACUAUUGGAAUCAUUCAAAUCCCCACUGGAUAAAUGAGACCAAUAAGCAAGUUCGUUGGGGUGUGAAUGUCUGGUGUGGGAUUAUUGAUGAACAUUUAAUCGGUCCAUAUUUUUUCGAGGAAAAUCUUAAUGGCAAUAAGUAUCUUGGUUUUUUGAAAAAUGAUGUACCCAUACUAUUGGAAAAUAUUUCACUUCAACAGCGUUUGAAUUUGAUUUGGCAGCAAGAUGGUGCACCAGCACAUAAUACCUUGGCUAUACGUGCAUACCUCAAUGAGAUGUAUGGAGACAAUAACUGGUUUGGAACUCACAGCCCCAUUAUUCAAUGGCCACCUCGUUCCCCUGAUUUAAGUGUUCUUGACUUCUAUUUUUGGGGCCAUCUAAAAAAUGAAGUGUAUAAAGAAAAAUGCAAUAGUGUGGAGGAACUUAAACUAAGAAUUAAAGAUUGUUGUGACAAAAUUGAAAAAUCAAUAUUGAAAAAAACUACUUCCGCUGAAGUAUUGAAACGUUUAGAUUUUUGUUUAACUGAAGAUGGCAAGCAAUUUGAACAUAAGAUAAAAUAUAAAUAAUAUGUAUUCCUUAAUGUAUUCUUUAUUCAAAUUGUAUACAAAUACAUAACUGUACACAUACAAAUAUGUAUUAGAAUUAAUGUAUAAUAAUAUGUAUGUUACAUUUUUUCCAUUCUU